UGUUCUUCACGUUUAUUUCAUCUUCUUGGUCACUUUUCUAUAUCAUUUCUUCUCUAUAACCCCGGUGGCAAUAAUUUCCAACAGUGUAAAGAAUCUGCAUACGAGUAUACAUGGCUCUCAAGUUGAGAUUCACCAAUAUAGAUCUCUGUCUUCUUGGCUCGUAUUCUGAUAUUACUUUCAGAGUUAGGGAAUAAUGUUAAAUGCAAAACAGGCAUGGCAUUCGGCAGCUUAGGAGUGGGUGGUCUGAUGGACCAGCUUACGUGACACAAUGUCCGAUACGGACCAACCAGACAUACACGUACAACUUCACUAUCACAGGGCAGAGAGGAACUCUCUUCUGGCAUGCUCAUAUCUCAUGGAUGAGAGCAACAAUUCAUGGACCGAUCAUCAUCCUCCCAAAGCACAAUGAAUCUUACCCCUUCAAAAAACCAUACAAGGAAAUUCCCAUUAUCUUCGGGGAGUGGUGGAAUGCAGAUCCUGAGGCUGUAAUUAAUCAGGCUUUACAAACAGGGGCUGCUCCAAAUGUUUCAGACGCAUACACUAUUAAUGGUUUUCCAGGGCCCUUGUAUAAUUGUUCUUCAAAAGAUACAUAUAAACUAAAGGUGAAGCCAGGGAAGACAUAUAUGCUUCGUUUAAUCAAUGCUGCAAUGAAUGAUGAACUAUUCUUCAGCAUCGCGAACCAUACAGUCACAAUUGUUGAAGCUGAUGCUGUAUACAUCAAACCAUUUCAGACUGAUGUAGUAUUGAUAACCCCGGGUCAAACCACCAAUGUUCUUCUAAAAACCAAGCCAUGCUAUCCCAAUGCCACUUUCCUCAUGACUGCUAGGCCUUACUUCACCGGUCAGGGCACUAUUGACAAUACAACAGUUGCAGGUAUUCUAGAAUACGAGCACCCGUUAAAUCAUACUUCCAAUACAAAAAAGAUGGUUUUCAAGCCAAUUCUUCCACCAAUCAACGAUACCACUUUCGUUGCCAACUUCACUAAGAAGUUCCGUAGCUUAAACAACCCUAAUUUGACUGCAAGUGUUCCACAAACAGUGGACAGACGAUUCUACUUCACCGUAGGACUAGGCUCGAGUCCAUGCCCUAAAAAUACAACUUGCCAAGGACCCAAUGGCACAAAAUUUGCAGCAUCAGUUAAUAAUGUUUCUUUUGCUCUUCCCACUACAGCUUUAUUACAAGCCUACUUCACCAAAAAAUCAAACGGUGUCUAUACCACUGAUUUUCCUACCAACCCACCAAAUCAGUUUAACUACACAGGGACGCCGCCCAACAAAACCACAGUGAGCAAUGCAACACGCCUUCUUGUAUUGCAAUUCAACACCAGUGUGGAGCUUGUUCUCCAGGACACAAGCAUUUUGGGUGCUGAAAGUCAUCCUCUUCACCUGCAUGGCUUCAAUUUCUUCGUUGUUGGUCAAGGAUUUGGAAACUACAACCCGAACCGGGACACAGCCAAUUUCAAUCUUGUGGAUCCUGUUGAAAGGAACACAUUUGGCGUUCCAGCUGGAGGUUGGGUAGCCAUUCGGUUCCUAGCAGACAAUCCAGGUGUGUGGUUUAUGCACUGCCACUUUGAUGUACACACAAGUUGGGGUUUGAGGAUGGCUUGGAUUGUAAUGGAUGGGCCACUACCAAAUCAAAAGUUACCAGCACCACCUUCAGAUCUUCCAACAUGUUGAUAGCUGUGAUUGAAUCCACAUGGACAACUCGACUAUUGAGUUUUCUCGUCUCUCUCCGAGUUAAUUUAUGUUAUUCUUUUGCUGUGUGUGUGUGGUCAGAAGAGAUUGUCAAUUUUAUGUUACUUCUAUCGGCUUGCAAAAGAGAGGGAACAGUUGAAAGGCAACAUUUGAUAUUUUAAUCCUUGUAACUUCACUUGCAAAAUGCUCUUUCAUUUUCAGUUUUCAAGAUGCGAUUCAGAUA